GCCGUGUCACAAUAAAGGUCUAAACUCAGGGCGGAUAUCAUGUGCUAUUGGAAUUAAAAGGUCGACACUGAUGAAUUACAUCAUAACUCUUGAUUGAGUGGUCGGCGUUAAGGUUUACCAGAACAACAGACAGGGGUAACACAGUCACUGCAGUGUCGCUAACUGCUGCAUUUAGACGCCCGGAGCUGUAACAUCUGUAUUUGGGUAAUGGAGAAAGCCAAACAGGAUGCAUUUGACCGUGCAAGGCUUGAGGUGAUUAAAGAUGGCUACGAGAGAGGCUUUGAGUGCAUCAACAAAGGUCUGACAGCCGAUGAAGCGGGAGAUCCGAGCCAGGCUCUGGAGCUGUACAAGAAGGGUCGACACCACCUUCUACGGGGCGUCAGCGUGCCCUCGCGGGGCGAUGAGUGCACAGGCAGCUCCUGGGAGUCGGCCCGACAGAUGCAGCAGAAGAUGCAGGAGACCCUCAACAACAUCACCACCCGUCUCGCCAUACUGGAGACCGCUACCGCCGCCGAGGGGCCCGCCCAGCAGCCUUCUGAAAGCCUCUACCCAAAAAUACCAGCCAAAGAAAAGCCGCAAAGGCCCCGCCCACCGCUCCCAGGGAACGCACCCGCUUCUUUCAACCCCGAGGCGCUUUCUGCUAGCAGACCACCUGUAGCUCAAGGAGAGCAUCCGCCGGCGUAUUCGCCCCAAGCUGUCGAGGGUCACCUCUCCAUCUCGUACGGGACCGAAUCAGGGGAGCUUUCACUGGUGGGUGACGAUUUUUACAGCUGGACGUCAACCUCCUCCUCAUCACCGCAGAGCAUGGGCGAGGACGCGGAAGAGCUGCUGUGCAUCCCUCAGGGCGUGCAGAUAUUCUUUGUGACCCCCGAGGGCCAUGUGAGCGCCCCCUCCUACCCGGGCUACCUGCGACUGGUCAAGUUCACCAGCGAUCACUCUGAGACGAUCCCCGACAGACCUCCAGCUUUCCUGCAGGUGUGCGACUGGCUGUACCCGCUCAUGUCGACAAACUCCCCGGCCUUGCUGUGCAACACCGGCGUGUUCAUGUUCCCCGACAUGAUGGCGCCGGCGCCAGGCCAUUUUGUGGGAGUGGUUCUGUCUUCUGAGCUGCCUGCUGCCGACAGAGAGCUGUUCCAGGAUCUACUGUCUCAGAUGACAGACCUCAGGGUUCAGGCUCCUGUUGAAGCCGCCGAACAUGAUAAUCUCAGUCAUAAAGUGCCCAUUGUUACGCCGGAAGAAACCGAAGCGGCGGAGAAAAAGGCAGCGGAGGAGGAGGCAGCGGGGGGAGAGGACGACGACCAGGCUCUACCCGUAUGGAGCGAGAAGGUGGCCAGUGGCAUCCUGACCGGCGCGUCCUGGUUGAGCUGGGGUCUGGUCAAAGGAGCCGAGUUCACAGGCAAGGCCGUCCACAAGGGGGCGUCUAAACUCCGAGAGCACAUCACACCCGAGGACAAGCCUGCCCACGUCAGUCCCACCGUCACUAAAGGCCUUCAUGUUGCCAAGCAGGCGACGGGUGGAGCUGUCAAAGUCAGCCAGUUUCUCGUGGACGGCGUAUGCACUGUCGCCGGCUGCGUGGGCCGGGAGCUGGCGCCGCACGUGAAGAAACACGGGGAGAAGCUCAUUCCGGAGUCCAUGCGGAAAGACAAGGAUGGACGUUCGAACAUAGACGGUGCCAUGGUGGUGGCCGCCAGUGGCGUGCAAGGAUUUGCCACCAUGUGGACCGGUUUGGAGGUGGCGGCCAAAAACAUUGCGACGAGCGUGGCGUCAGAGACCGUCACCACGGUGAAGCACAAGUACGGCGCGGCAGCGGGCCAGGCCACCGAUCAAGCCUUCAACUCGGCCAUCAAUGUGGGCGUCACCGCCUUUAACAUCGACAACCUGGGCAUCAAAGCAGUGGCCAAAAGGACGGGCAAACAGACGGCGAAGGCCAUUUUGGAGGACUACAAGCUUCAGGAGCGAGGGGACGGACAGAAACAAGUUGAGAAAUCUGACAAAUGAAACUCCUGCCACCUUCAACCACUGUUGCCUUCAACUAAAAUAGUUCUAUAUUUAUUAUUAUUUGUGUAAAAAAAUGGCAAAAUCUAAAAUACUUAAGCUUUUUUGUCUAAACGAGGCUUUGAUGUAGAGAACACUAUACUGUAAAAGCAAAUAAUAUAUGCAUUGGAUGAUUUUAUUUAUUGACAAGUAAGUAGUAGUCUGUGUUCACAGCUUUAUUUUUAAUAAUACAUUAAAGGAAACUUUUAAUCGUAAUGCUGCUAAUACAAUUUAUCUGCAUUGUGAUUAUUGCAGUUUAACUGUCAUUGUCAUCACUGUGCCUUUAACUACUGUAUCAACUACUGUCUUUAAAAAAAUGAACAAAGAAAUAUUUUUUAAAACCAAAGCUAUGUAACUUUUUGUUGUUUUGUCCCAAGUACACACAGUAUGUUUUCUCUCAAGGACCACUUUUAACUUAUUCUUUGUCUUCAGAAUAUAUUAAAACACUGAGAUUUAAACACUG